ACAAGAGGGUCCCAGAAACCCACUCGGUGCUUCACAAGGCUUAGGCUGGUUCUAUUUUCGGCCCUAUAGGGGGCCCACCCCACUUCCUUCUGCCUCUGUACCCGCCCCUCCCUCCGCCCCCCUGGGGCGGGACUAGACUUUUUUUUUUUUAGGUCAGAGGGUCCUGCUUUAGGAGGGAGAGAGUGGGAGGCCCCCAAGCUCUUGGCAGUUGAGCAGGAGCAGAGGGAAGAAGCAAGAAGGAGUCCAUUUGUUAGAACAAAUUCUGAGUAAUGAAGGGAGGGCAGAUGGUUGAUGCUUUUCAAGAACUUGCCGCGCAGCUAUUCCCAGCCGCAGGGGACCCCGGCUGCUUGGCGCUGAUUCUGCUGACCAGUACGUUGUUACUGUCACCCAGGGUCCAAAGCCGGCAUGGAAGACUGGGAGGGAUGGAGGGACAAGACGUCUGGCUAGGAGCCCCUCCUUCCUAAGCCCAGCUAUUACCCCCUGCUCUCGAUGUCUCACCCACCCAGUCUGCUCCGCCCUGGGGAUCUCAGCUGGACCUGGCAUCACUUGGGUUGCCAUGCCACGUUCAUUCGGCGCCCACCCAGUACUGCCGGGUCUACCCUUCAGGCCUCCGACCAUAGCUCCUAACCCUCUACCCUCACCCUGCUAGACAGCCACACUCAAUGCCGGGUUCUGUUCCUGUAACACCCUCUGAGCCUGAGCUGGAAUUCGGGUCCUGGCACCCUCCCCAGACCUCCUGCUCUGGUCCAACGAGAGCAUCCUCUGGCCAAAGCAGACCCUUUCUCAGAUGUCCUAAGGACCCCCACAGGCUUCUUCCCCGUCUUUCCGGAGGCCCCUUCGCUACUUCAGCCUCUCCCUUCUGCCCGCCAAACCACCCGAUUCUCACUGCCACGUACCCUCGCCUCCACUCUGUAUGCUGGUUACACUCAGUCACUGCGGGACUAAAACCCGGGUUUCCCUAUCGGAUUUCAUUGUGGGUCCAGCGGGGCUGAGGGGAAAACCCAAAAGGUCAUUCAGCCUAAACCAGGUGGGCAUGGGGGCGCAGUUGAUGCCCCUUCCCCGGAUCUGAGCCCUGGCACCUCACUAGUUACUGUUUCUCUCAUUCUGAUCGACACCCCCUCCCAUCCUUUGGGUGUUCUGGCCACUGCCAUCCACCCUACAGCCUGGUUCCUGGAACCCCCUAGGAGAUGAGGAUCCUUCAGGACAGGACAGCUGGUUCUCUUCACAAGCCAGCACUGGGUCCUCGCUCCACCAUAGGGCUGUAACUCGAGCCGCCCGCCGCCAACCCCCCCUCCCACUCCGCCCCAACUCUGCGGCCCAGGUCCCUGUGUCGCGUCGCACUGCCCCCUGUGGUCCUGAAUCCGACAGCUCGUCUGCCAUGGGCUGCCGGGUCUGCGUCCAUCUGGAGGGAUCGGGUGCCCUACAACAGGGCCGCUGGUUCGGGGCUGUCCUGAGCGGGUUGUGCCUUCUCUCCGCGCUGGUGUUGCUUGAGUGGCCAUGGGCGCCGGCAGAGAACGCCUGGAGGGCAGUGAGGAAUGUGGCUGCACCAAACCCUCCAGGGGUCUCCACUGCCCAGGCCCCCAGCCCACUGACCAUACUGGUUCCCCGAAGACGCCGCUACACGCUGACACCAGCCAGGCUGCGCUGGAACCACUUCAACCUCACAUACAGGAUUCUCUCCUUUCCCCGGAACCUUUUAAACCCUGAAGAGACAAGGAAGGGCCUGGCCGCCGCCUUUCGCAUGUGGAGUGAUGUCUCGCCAUUCCGCUUCCGUGAAGUGGCCCCUGAGCUUCCCAGUGACCUCCAGAUAGGUUUCUACCCAAUCAACCACACCGACUGCUUGGUCUCUGCUCUGCACCACUGCUUUGACGGUCCCACAGGUGAACUGGCCCAUGCUUUCUUCCCACCCCACGGUGGCAUUCACUUUGAUGACAGCGAGUACUGGGUCUUGGGCCCCACACGCUACAGCUGGAAGAAAGGCGUAUGGCUCACAGACCUGGUGCAUGUGGCAGCCCACGAGAUUGGCCAUGCGCUGGGACUGAUGCACUCACAGCAACAUCAGGCACUCAUGCACAUCAAUGCCACACUGCGAGGCUGGAAGGCGCUGUCGCAGGAUGAGCUGUGGGGAUUACACCGACUCUAUGGCUGCCUGGACCGGCUAUUUGGGUGUACAUCCUGGGCACGAAGGGGAUUUUGUGACACCCACCAGAGGCUCAUGAAGAGGCUCUGUCCCAGAAGCUGUGACUUCUGCUAUGAAUUCCCAUUCCCCACUGUGGCCACCACCACACCACCCACCAGAAUGAAAACAAGGUUGGUGAAAGAGGGUAGGAACAUGACCUUCCACUGUGGGCAGAAGAUCCUACACAAGAAAGGCAAAGUAUACUGGUACAAGGACCAGGAGCCCCUGGAGUUCUCCUACCCUGGCUAUCUGGCCCUGGGUGAGGCACAGCUGAGCAUCAUUGCCAACGCAAUCAACGAAGGCACCUAUACGUGUGUGGUGCGCCGGCGCCAGCGUGUUCUCACUACCUACUCCUGGCGGGUCCGAGUGCAAAGCUGAGCCUGCCAACAGCCUCUGUGCUGAAGUCAGCAGAUAAAGCGCUUUCUCUCUGA